AUGCAGCUCAUCCUCGCCACCAGCCUCCUGCUGCUUGCAGCUAGCAUCGCUCCCAUAAAAGCUCAAAGGAUAACAACGAUACAACUGGAUGGCGUACAAUAUUUCAUAUCUAGGAUGAACCCUUACAGCCCGGAGCUCAACUAUUUCCUAGCGUACCAGUAUUGCAGAUCUUUGGGUCUGCAGCUUGCUUCAUUUGAAACAAAAGAAAAAGCAGAUUCUAUAACUACAUAUCUCUCAAAUGCAGGAUACAAUAAGUACGACUUCUGGACGUCUGGAAACAACCUCGGCACAGACAUGUAUCUGUGGAUGAGCACGGGGCUGCCCUUCAACGCAACCUUUAACUAUAUGCGACGAGUAAGCAAUGUGACACCCUACCAGCACUCUGACGACAGUAUGGACCCUGUUGACUUGCCUCAGGGUAGCACCGCCCCUCAGCGUACUGCCAGACACGGGACCGAGCACGUGAUGGCAAACGGUUGCGUGGCCCUCAAGCAGCCCGACUUCCACUGGGAGCCCCAGCACUGCGGAGAGAUCAAGGACUUCAUCUGCGAACAGACCCGCUGCUAUUACUACAACUACGGCUCCAUCCCCGUGUCGUCGGCGCAGGGAAAACCGCUGUCCCUGACGACAACAACGACGGCGCACCCACUCACCUCCUCAUCACCGCCGCCGCCGCGCUCCGAGCACCUUCCAACACACUUCAACAUCAGCGUUCUCUUCGACAAGCUGCAGCCCUCGUCCCUUGACGGCCUCCGUUCACCACACCUCAAAACCGGAGCUCUGAACAAGUCCUCGCCGCAGAUAGACUCACACUACUCGCGUGCGUCCGACGCUCGAAGCCACGACCAGGAACAAGAAAAGGAGGAGCCAACCCAAGGGCCUUAUGAAGGCGACGAGGGCAUGGUGGGAGACGAUGCUUCCGCGUAUUUGAACCAAGAGGGGCGCGACGCAGGUGAGAGCGCACCGUCGACCGCCGAACCGGACGCCACAGAGCACUCCGUCCACGCCAGCGGCAUGCUGGCCCCACCCGCCUACUAG